CAGGUGUGCUAACCCGCUUCAUCCGCUGCAGGACUAUGCUUCUCUGCAUCGGCAACGUCAGCGGGUUCUCGAGCGAGCGAUUCGGCUGAUCCAGUCUGCGGCAGCGACCCAAGACCGUGGAGCCAACGCCGACGAUCACCUGGUGAAAGGAUCUGCGCUCCUGGAUCGGAUGGCCACGUCGCAUCUGCCUGGACUGAUGGAGUUUGAGGCUCGGUCGCUCUUCGAUCCCGACACCCAACGGCUUGUCAAGCUGGAAAGACAGAGGCUCGGCAAUCUGCCGAGAUCGUCGGUGUCGAUAGCCACCCUGGAUCGUGAUCUCGAACAACUAUUGAUUGCCGAGCAGCGGCUUCUCGAAGAGCUGAGGCAACUCCGAUCAAAGUUCACAUACAAGCCGGAUGACGACAGCUCGGCGAUCUACCGCCACUUUGGCCCGGUCGUCAACGGCCUGGAGUCGUCGCUGAAGCAGUUCCUGGCCAUCUUCCCCAACGAGAUUGAGCCCUGGCUGGAAACAGCGCCAGCAGCCGAUUCGCGAGCUCUCUCUGUCGCCGUUGCAAGUGCAUUCUCGACAUGCCAACAGUUGCAAAAGGUUCUGGAUGUCUUCACGGCUUCGAAGCACUACCACGAGAGCCUCCAAGAAAGCCUUGAGAACAUGGAGCGGGAAUAUGAAUCGCUCUCGGCCGAGACACUACCGCAGCCAUCGGCGGAUUCCCCAGCCCCUGCCUUUGGCCACCUGGUCGCCAGGAUGUUCUCCGAGAUCGAAACAUGCACAGCUAUUUUGAACCGACGACAGGCAUAGAUCGCAUUGGGGCCCAUCAGUCCACAAAGCCGAAUGGGGAUACCUGUAUUUGUACCCGGCAUGCCACUUAUUGUCUGGGUUCUGAAUACAACGGAUCGCCAGCCACUCAACAGGGCAAAUGGCAGUUUGAGGUGGAGAUCCUCGGUCGAGCCAGAUCAUGAGCGAUCGU